GAUGUGAAGCCAUCUCUGUCUGCUGUUUGGAAUAUACAGCCUUCGUGGAGAAGGUGGAGGGGGUACCUAAUACCGACUCUAUAAUGCCCUUGGGGGACUUGCUAAUGUUGGGAUUGAAGGAGGUACUGAGUGUGAUUUGGAGAAGCAGACUCACAGAUCUGAGUUUGAGCAGUGAAAUAUUAUUAGACUUCUGGGCAAGCCAUGGAUUGUCAAUGACAAAAACUUUAAACACAAAGUUUCUAAAUGUGCUCGGUACCAGAGCACCUUGACCCAAACUUGACCCCCCACUAUUCAGGCACAUGAAGGGACCCACAUAUGCCUAAUGGUGGUGCAAUAUCACAAGGUUUUAUGGGUUUUUUGUCCAUAUGUCGUGAACCAAGAAGUCCUACAAAUAUUUUUUUCCCACUGAGUCGUUGGGUUCUCCCAAACAAUGAAAGCCUCAAGAACCAUUCUUUUCUCACCAUGCUAGCACGGAGCACAGAUUUCUAUUGGCCAAGUUUUCAAAAUAUCAUCGCUGCUUUCCAUGCAAUAGUCCAAAAACAACAGGUCACAAGGUUUUAUCAGCUAUAAAAGGCAAUAAUAAAUUAAACAGCAACUUAGUCAUAUAAAUAUACACAAUGCCCUCCACUAAUAUUGGCACCCUUGGUAAAUAUGACCAAAGAAGGCUGUGAACAAUUGCCUUUAUUGUUUAACCUUUUGAUCUUUUAAUACUCUGUAAUACUCUUAAUACAAAAAUACUUUUUGUAAACAUUUGCAAACACAACACAGGUUUAUAAAUAUAAAAUCUUUGUUAAAUAUAGGUGUGCAAGAAUUAUUGGCACCCUUUUAGUCAAUACUUUGUGCUUCCUCCCAAGAUAGAGUUUUCUCCUAUAACGCCUGAUGAGGUUGGAGAAUACAUGGCGAGGGAUCUGAGACCGUUCCUCCAUACAGAAUCUCUCCAGAUCCUUCACAUUUCAAGGUCCAUGCUGGUGGACUCUACUCUUCAGUUCACCCCAAAGGUUUUCUAUGGGUUUGGGGACUGGGACUGUAAACCUUUGCAGAUACACAUGCAUUUUGAUGUGAAUAAAAGUGUAACAGUGGAUCAAAACAAAUGCCUAUAUUUGUUUACUUUACCCCCCUCACACGGUGUGAUUUAGCCAUGAUUAAAAAGAGAAAUUGUUAGUCAUAACUCUGAAAACUGUGUCUAAUUUUUUUUUCAAAAACGGUAAACCCUCAGCCUCGGUUUGAGGACUAUAGUAACAGAUAUGCCCCAAAGUCCACCUCUUAAUUUUCUGCCCUUUUUUAAAUUUUAUUUAUUUUUUAAACAACAGACUGCUUUUAACCAUUUAGAAGAAAAAUAGACAACGUCUGUAUAAAAUAUAGAAGCGUUGUGGCCAUACAGUGAUCUUAGUAGGGCUACCAGAGCCUACAUCACCUUCAGUCUAGACAAGUCUCAUUUUAUCCAAGCUUCCUGGUAUCCUUUAGAAUUAUUAUUAAAAGUCAUCUUUCAAUAAAGUCUUUACAUUACUGGUUCUUUCCAUGAAGAGUUUCCAUGAUGCUUUUUACUGUGUUUUGUUGUCCAGAAUUCAUAUUCUGUGUUGCAUUCAAAGUUUAUGUUGGGAUGGUUUGUAAAAACAAAAAAAAACACCUGUUAAAAUGUGUUAUUUCUCUACGAGUUUCUAAUACUUUUCAUUUUUAUGCUCCAGAAAUGAAUGAUACCCUACUGCAAGUCUUCUCCUGCUCCUGUUGUCCACUUUCUUGCAAAACUCAAUCGUACCUUGACAAACACAUAAGGAGAAGCCACUAUAAGGAAUAUGCGAGCGAGUUAGUGUCAGGAGAUGUUAAAAACGAGAGUCUGACGCUCACAAAAAGCUCCGAUAGUCAGCAAUCAAGCCCUGGUACUCUCCACGCUCGCGGACAAAUGCGGAAAGAAAUCCAUCAUUGUGCAAACUGUGAGAAGAGUCUUACUCCCCUGAAUAAUCUCAAAACUCGUCUCCAUACAAGUGAUGAUCCGUAUCUCUGCUCACACUAUGGAAAACGUGUUAGUGAAAAGGAUGUUCUCCAGCAUCACCAGAACAUUCAUACAGAAGAGAAAGCCUAUCGUUGUUCACAGUGUGGGAAGAGCUUCAGAAGACAGAGUCAUCUUCGAACACACCAGCGCAUUCACACAGGAGAGAAGCCGUAUCACUGCUCGCAGUGUGCUAAGAGUUUUACUGACCAGAGCACACUCGCAACACACGCGCGUAUUCACACGGGAGAGAAGCCGUACCGUUGCUCCCAGUGCGGGAAGAGUUUUAAUAAAGGGAGCAAUUUCAAACAACACCAGCGUACUCACACAGGAGAGAAGCCAUAUCUCUGCUCGCAGUGUGGGACGAGUUUUACCUGCCAGAGACAUCUCAAAGACCAUGAGCGCAUUCACACGGAAGAGAAGCCUUUUCCCUGCUCACAGUGCAGACAGAUUUUCACGAAACGAAAUACUCUAAAAAGACACCUGUGCGUUCACACCGAAGCGAAGCCGUAUCGCUGCUCGCAGUGCGGGAAAACUUUCACACGGCCGAGUCACCUCGAAGACCAUAAGCGCGUCCACACAGGAGAGAAGCCGUUUCUCUGCUCGCACUGUGGAAAGAGUUUUAACAAAAGAAGUUCUCUGCAAAGACACCGGCUCGUUCACGUGGACGUGAAGCCGUAUCAGUGCACGCGGUGUCGGAAAACUUUUAAUCAACGGAGCGAUCUCCAAAGACACCAGCGCGUUCACACGGGAGAGAAACCGUAUCCCUGCUCACAGUGUGGGAAAAGGUUUACUCUUAGCGACACGCUCAGACGACACCAGCGCGUUCACACAGAAGAGAAGCCAUAUCAGUGUUCACGGUGAUGUACGAAAACAGAGAUUUGUUCAUCUAUGUAUAUUUAAGACACACGAUUGCUCCAACACAGUGCCAUCCUCUCAUGAGAAAUGUAUGUAAGAGAUGGAACAUCUCCAUUGCUGAUCAGUAGGAAGGAUCGAAGUUCUGUCAAGUUCUGCUCUACUGCAUUAUUUAAUAUCUUAUUAUAACACGGCUCUUGAGCCUUACUACUGGAACGUCUUGAUAAAUUGAUAAACUCUAAGUAUUUUGUGUUCUCUGAAUAAACUGGGCUCCCUGUAUUGCUUUACA